GUGAGCUGCUCCCUUACUAGAGCGAAUUGUUUAGGACGGUCAUGGUGCCAGUGUUGCAGGUGUCCGUUUGAACGGGGGAUUUAGCCUGUGUUUGAGCCUUCUUUAAUUAGCUUAAGUCGUUUAGUUUUGAGAUAAUGAGCAGCGGCACUCCUUACAUCGGCAGUAAGAUCAGUCUGAUCUCUAAAGCUCAGAUUCGCUAUGAGGGAAUAUUAUACACUAUUGACACUGAUAACUCGACCGUGGCCCUGGCGAAAGUGAGGUCUUUUGGAACAGAGGGGCGACCCACGGACCGGCCUGUGCCACCGAGGGACGAGGUCUUCGAGUACAUCAUCUUCAGAGGAAGUGACAUCAAGGAUAUCACGGUCUGCGAGCCUCUGAAGAUUCACCACAGUCUUCCUCAGGACCCUGCUAUUGUUCAGUCGUCUGUGGGGGCGUCGUCUGUUCACUACCCAUCGCAGGGCAGCUACAGCCCGUACAGAAGCAUGCUGCCCUCCUACAGCCAGCUGGCGGCCAGCUCUCUCCUCAACCAGCAGUACGCAGCGGCGCUGGGCCUCGGUUUGCAUGGUGUUCCGGUGCGGAGGGGUCCAAUGGUUGAGCAGGCUGUUCAGACUGUGCCUGCAGAGAAAACCACACAGAAGGGUUUGACCGGCGCGCAGCAGCAAGGUGGAGAGACGGGCCGAGCGCAGAGGGGUGUCCGAGGAGCCCAGAGAGCUGCUGCCUUCAGCGGUGAUUCAUCUGCACAGCCGGGCGUCUUGAAGGGACCGAGUCAAGCUAAUGACGAGAACAAGCCUCCAACCAGUCGCAGAAAACCGGGAACUCGCCGGUCCAGGAACCGCGGUCGAGGUCAGAUCCUUGUAGGCAGCACGAAGCCCAGCACUCUGCAGUUUGAGUCGGACUUUGAUUUUGAAACGGCAAAUGCUCAGUUUAAUAAAGAUGACCUGGAGAAAGAGAUUGAAGACAAGCUCAGUGUUGAAGAACCGAAGGAGACCCCAGAGGAAGGAAGUGAUAAAGAGCGGGAGAAGCCUGAGAACGAGAGUGCCAUUAAAGAGGAUCCGCUCGGGCCAAAGUGCUUCUACAAUAAAGCUAAAUGCUUCUUUGAUAACAUCUCCUCAGAGCUCAAGUCCAGACGCACCACAUGGGCUGAGGAGAGAAAGCUGAACGUGGAGACCUUUGGGGUGCCCGGGCGCUAUCUGAGAGGCCGUGGUUUUCGGGGGACCUUCAGAGGGCGACGGGGCAGAGGGGCAGUGCAGCGUCCUCUUCCACAGAGAGUGGGCAGUGGACGGCUGUGAGACUGACAUGUGUUGCCUUCCUGUGGGACAGGGCUGACUUGGUCUUGUCUGAGUUUGAUUCAGUGUCCAAAAUCUUCAGUGGCUAAUAUUACUAGAAUUUUUCUCGUCAUCAAACAACCACAUCCUGUAAAAAAUGGCUGCAUUGAUUGUUACUUUUUCAUUUGACAUUAAAAUGGCCUUUUUCCUUUUUGUUUCAUGUAUGUGAAGAACCCGCAACUUUACUAUGUGAAUGCACCUGAAUCUAUCAGUGAUUGUUGCAUUUGAAUUGGGAUAGCACUUUUAUUUGUAUGUAUGGCCAGUUAUUUGGUUGUACAAAUAUGUAUGUAGAUGAAGUAGAUAAACUUCAGUCUAUGGUAUGUGAUGAUCCCCAAUACAUUCUUAUUUAUUACUAUAAUUUUCUUUUUUUUUUUUUUUUUUUUUUUUUUUUGUAAAAUUGUAAGGGGAUCUUGUUCUUGAUGGUAAUUGUUAAUAAACAUAGGAAAUAAAA